AUGACGAUGUUAUCUGAAUACGACAUAGACUAUAUGGUACAUAAGUCUAUCAAAAGUAGUGUUGUUGCAGAUUUCCUUACUGACCAACUCAUCAUUGUUAAGUCAGAAGAUGAACUUGAGUUCACUUACGAGGGAAUUAUGAGCGUUACAUUAGACAGAUGGAAAUUGAUGUUUGACGUAGUUUCCGGAAAGCAUGGUUACAAAAUUGGAAUCUUGUUAGUUUACCCAAAAUGUACAUACAAUCCAAUUUCCAUGGAACUCGAAUACCCUAUCACCAACAACAAGUCCAAAUACGAGGAAUGCCUAACGGGUCUCAAGUUGGCAUACAAGAAAGGAGUAACCAAACUAGAAGUAGUUGGUAUAGAAGGGAUUGUCUCAAUUUUUGAAAGUAAACAACUUCAAGUUCAAACUACAAGAUCUUGGGAUUACAUGGGUUUAUCCUUAGAGAUUCCUCGAAGUCCAUCAAUCGAGAGUGACAUAAUAAUUGGUCAUAUUGACAGUGGUAUACUACCUGAGAUAAAAAGUUUAGCUGACCACAAUUUAGGCAAUGUUCCGAACAAAUGGAAAGGUGUUUGUGAGGGAGGAAAAAACUUCACUUGCAACAAAAAGUUAAUUGGAGCGAGAUACUAUGAAGGAGACUCGGCGAGGGACAUAGAGGGUCAUGGGACACACACUGCCUCAACGGCAGUCGGAAGGGUUGUGAAUAAUGCAAAUUAUUAUGGCAUAGCAAAUGGAACUGCUAGAGGAGGUGCCCCAUCAGCAAGGAUAGCUACCUACAAAGUGUGUGGCAUGCAUUGUAAUGAUGAAGCUAUAAUGGCCGCAUUUGAUGAUGCCAUUGCUGAUGGUGUUGACAUUAUCACGCUCUCUAUUGCUUAUUCUAAGCCUGUUAAGAUUAGUCAAGAUGUUGUUGCCAUCGGUUCUUUUCAUGCAAUGCAUAAAGGUAUUUUAAGCGUACAAGGUGCAGGAAACACGGGUAUUAACAUCUUAAAAUCUGUUACGAGCACUGCACCAUGGUUGUUCACUGUGGCUGCGAGUAGUGUGGACAGAAAAAUCAUCAAUAAGCUUGUUCUUGGAAAUGGGCGUACACUCAUUGUAAGUAUAAGUAGCAUUGCAUUGAGUCCUUUGGCCACAGGAAGACACGAGAAGAGGUUGGUAUAUGGAAGAGGAAUCACUCAGCACUGUAAUGAAUCAAGUGCAAUGAAAUGUAUAAUUGGAUGCGUUGACCCUAAUUUAGUGAAGGGAAAGAUUGUAGUAUGUGAUGCUGAUGUUGAUAACUCAGAUGCAAUAUAUACAGUUAUGACUACCAAUGCAAGUGGGAUUAUUCUUCGAAAACUAAAUGCAGAUGAUUCUUCAUUGGCACCUUUACCCACUGCAGCUCUGAAUGACCCUGAUUUUCGUUAUAUCGAGUCUUAUCUCAAGUCUACAAAACUUCCAUCUGCGCGCAUUCUAAAGAGUAAGAGGAUCCACAGUACUUAUGCUCCCAUAGUAGGUUCAUUCUCCAGUAAAGGACCCAACAUUAAUUUACCAGAACUUUUAAAGCCUGAUAUAACUGCGCCGGGGAUAGAUAUAUUGGCCGAAUGUCCUAUACAAGGAGGUUUUGACACACUUGUUUCUAAUUACUAUAUUCAAAGCGGUACAUCCAUGUCGUGUCCCCAUGUUACUGGUGCAGCUACUUAUGUGAAAUCUAAACAUCCUUAUUGGUCAACUUCGGCUAUCAAAUCUUCUCUUAUGACUACUGCUUGGACUAUGAAUACAAAAUACAAUACCGAUGCAGAAUUUGGAUAUGGAGCAGGACACAUUGAUCCGGUAAAGGCCAUACAUCCUGGACUCGUGUACGAGACAUUUAUAGACGAAUAUUUCAAUAUGUUUUGCAGUCUAGGUUCAGAAGGAGAUAAAUUAAGGAAGAUGUUAGGAACAAAACAUAAAUGUUCAAAGAGGAAAAAAACGCUUGUAAAGGAUCUCAACUACCCAACAAUGACUGCAUCAGUGCACAUUAAAUCAUCUUUCAAUAUUCAAUUCAGAAGAAUUGUGACAAAUGUUGGAUAUGCUAACUCCACUUAUCAUGCACAAGUUAGUACUGGGGAUAAUACAAUCUAUGUCAACGUAGAACCAAGUGUUCUCUCUUUUGUUAGACUGAAUGAGAGAAAAAAAUUUAUUGUGACAGUUAAUGGACAAUGGCUCAACCAAGAUCAUAUUUCAUGUUCCUUAGUUUGGUUUGACGGCACUCAUAAGGUCAGAAGUCCCAUUUUAUUAUAUCGGUCAUCUAUCCUUUAA